CCGUGGUAGUCUGUCUGUCUUGAUAUCUCAGUUUGACUGCAUGUAACUGUUUUGGCAUUGCCAAUUUUCGUUUUUCUACUUGGAUAUAAAUGACUGAUAGCCAAAUGGUUUCCUCAGAUUUUACAGCAGAUGAGAAGAUGGAGAUUGAGAGCAUUAAGACGUAUAAGAAGGACCUUUUGGAUGAUAUCCAGAAGUUGAAGAUGCAGAUAGACAACGUCAUGGCGGAUAUCCUCAGCUUUGAGUCAGCAGAGGAAAACAAAACCAUAGAGAAGAGCAAACAGUUCUCAAAUGGGAAGAAGAAAUUCAACAUGGACCCCAAAAAGGGUAUCAGUUACCUGGUGGAGAAUAAACUGCUAAAUGGAUGUGCACAGUCCAUCGCUGAGUUCCUGUACAAGGAGGAGGGACUCAACAAGACGGCCAUUGGAGAAUUUCUUGGAGAGAGGGAGGAGCUUCACCUCCAGACCCUGAAGGCCUUUGUGGAGCUGCACGAGUUCUCCGACCUCAACCUGGUCCAGGCCCUCAGACAGUUCCUGUGGAGUUUCCGUCUGCCUGGUGAAGCCCAGAAGAUCGACCGCAUGAUGGAGGCCUUCGCCACGCGCUACUGUGACUGCAACACUCAUGUCUUCCAAUCCACCGACACAUGCUACAUCCUGUCAUUUGCCAUCAUCAUGCUCAACACCAGCCUCCACAACCCCAAUGUGAAAGACAAGACCACUCUGGAGCGUUUCAUCUCCAUGAACAGAGGCAUCAACAACGGAGAGGAUCUACCCAAUGACCUGCUCUCGAAACUGUACGAGAGCAUUCGCAACGAGCCUUUCAAAAUCCCAGAGGAUGAUGGGAAUGAUCUGACUCACACCUUCUUCAACCCUGACAGAGAAGGCUGGCUCCUCAAACUUGGAGGGCGGGUUAAGACAUGGAAGAGGCGAUGGUUCAUCCUGACUGACAACUGUCUCUACUACUUUGAGUUCACCACUGACAAAGAGCCCAGAGGCAUCAUCCCUCUAGAGAACCUCUGUGUGAGAGAAGUGCCAUAUCCCCGCAAACCGUACUGUCUGGAGCUGUACAACCCCAACAGUCGAGGACAGAAGAUCAAAGCAUGUAAAACAGAGACGGACGGCAGAGUGGUGGAGGGGAAGCACCAGUCCUACACCAUCUGUGCUGCCAGCGCAGAGGAGAGAGACUCCUGGAUCGAGGCCAUCAGAGCGAGUAUCACCAAGGAUCCAUUCUACGACUUGGUUUCAGUCCGUAAGAAGAAGGUGAUAAACCAAGCUCCUCAAGACUGAACUGUCCAGCGCCCCCUAUGGACGUUUACAGUACUGCACCACAGUGGGAUUCAGCCCCACUUUAAGUUGUAUUUAACACCCCGCAACACAACUGAGCAGGGACACUGGAGACUAGACACUGACUCUGGUCUGUGAUCUUUGACUAAAAGAUGGACUUCUCUUUCCACUUCUCUUUUUUACAGACUGAACAAAACAGUGUCAAAGGUGAACAUGUUGACUCAUAUUUGUUGCUCUCACUGUCAGCACAACAAGCUACGUAGAACUUGUCAAUGUGUCUGUCCAAGAAGUUGAUUUUUUAGUUGAUAUCUGUGCUCCACAAGAUUACGUUUCUAGGACCAAGAGGACAAAUUAAGCAUGUGAUGUCAGAUCAACUGUAUGCAUGAUAUAAAAAGGGAAGACGUUUCUCAGCUUCCUAACAGUUCUCAAAAGGCUCAGAAAGUAAAGUAACAGUAAACUACUUUAUUGUUCAGUAGAUCACCAAAGCUCUAGAUCAUACGCUACUGUUCUGGUUAGGUGUCAUUUAAGGACGGUUGCUUAUGCUUCAUUUUGUAAAUACAGAUAUAUUUUCAAACAUUUAAGGAAAUUCUUUUUUUUUAAUGACAAUUUCUAGUACUUUAUAGAGUGGGAUGGUAUUUGCCUUAAAAUGCAGAGAACUUGUUCCAAUCAGUCCAACCGUGCAUUUUCUUCUAUUUUACGUACUGUACCUUCUUAGCACAGUGCAAUAAGUGCAGCCUGCAUUCUGUCUUUAUUUGAUUUAAUUGCAAUGUGUACACUGUAAUAUUUGAAAGAAAUCUGUUAGCUGUACCUAAUAUUUUGCAUCAUUGUAAUUAUUGCAUGUUAUGUUCUCAUGAAUUAUUUAAUAAAAAGUAUUCCAUUGCCUGUUGACAUGUAA